CAAAAAAUAUUAUUAUUGUGUAAUGGGUAUGAAAAUGUUUAUUUCUAACUUCAGUAUUCAGUUAACUAGUGUGUAGUUUGUGGCAGAAUUAGGUUAGUUUGUAAGAGACUUAGCUUAGCAGUAACAGCGUUUUAUACAGAUGUGCGUUGGAUGAUCACAAGGCAAAGAUAAUCAAAAUGCCUUAUUUCGUCGAUAGUACACUUGUUCCCAGAGUCCAGAAAUAUCUUGAAUCCCAUGUUGACCAAACUUACGUUGAUAUAGUUGCAAUGGCUGAUUACUUGCAGAGAACCUACAGGGAGUACAACAAAAGAAAAAGAAGCGCCUUUAGAAGUUCAGUAAAGAAAGCAUACUCUGUUGUUCUACAAAGCUAUGGUAUGAGACAGCAAACAUUUAGUUCUGAAGGUUCAAGUGAGGAGGGUAGUGGACCAGAGAAUGAGGUUAGAUCUAAUGAAAAUGUGCUGAAUAAUCAGCUGAAUGAGAUGUAUCAAAGAUCAAAACAGCCCAAUAAAAUGGAAGACAGUGAAUUGAUUGAUAUAAGCAGUGAAGAUUCUAAUGAUGUACCUUCAGAAGAAAAAACAACCAAUGGGGCAUCCACAUCACAGAAAUUGCCUUAUUCAAUGUUUCACCGAGAGAAGAAUAAUGGUUUGGAAAACAAUGUAGAUUUUGAAAUAGUACCUGAACAAAGCGGAUUUAACAACCAAAGAGGCAAAAAACGGAAGCUAGAAAGUCAAUCAAAGUCUCUUCCCAAGAAAAAAAAGUCAAUUGCAACUCUUCAAGAACCCUCAGUAACAUUUUCUGAUAUAGGAGGUUUGAGCAAAGUGUUGGAAGAAGUAUGUAAGAUGCUAAUUCAUGUAAGGCAUCCAGAAAUUUAUAGGCAACUGGGGAUUUCACCUCCCAGAGGAUUUCUUUUACAUGGUCCCCCAGGAAGUGGAAAAACCCUUUUAGCUAAUGCUAUAGCUGGAGAAUUAGGAGUCCCUCUUCUUAAAGUAGCAGCUCCUGAGUUGGUUGCAGGAGUCUCAGGAGAGAGUGAAGAACGCAUUAGGGAGCUUUUUGAAAGAGCUUGGUUUACUGCCCCUUGUGUACUUUUUAUAGAUGAAAUUGAUGCAAUAACUCCCAAUAGGCAAAAUGCACAGAAAGAAAUGGAAAGAAGAAUUGUUGCUCAACUUCUAAGUUGUAUGGAUGAUCUUGGGCAAGCUGAAACUGGGGACAGGGUUUUAGUAAUAGGAGCUACAAACAGGCCUGAUGCCAUUGACCCUGCUUUAAGAAGAGCCGGUCGUUUUGACAGGGAAGUGUGCCUGGGAAUCCCAGAUUGCAAAGCACGCGUCGAAAUACUUAAAGUCUUGACUGCAAAACUGAAACUAGAAAACAAUUUCAACUAUGAAACCAUAGCCAGUUACACCCCAGGGUUUGUUGGAGCAGAUCUGAUGGCAUUGACCAGAGAAGCUGCUAUGGCCGCAGUUAACAGAGUUUUUAAUGAUAUUAAAGAAAAACGAAAAUUGGAACGGGCGUUGGCACUCCAGAAGGCCACCCAGGAACUUUUAGAAAAGGAGAAGAUUUUAGCCAAACAAAAGGAUAAUCAACCAACAGAUGCUGAACCAUCUGAGAAGGCCAAAUUAUUGACUAAUAAUGAAGAAGAAAACGGGUCAAAUAAAGACGAGUCAAACGACGCCAUAGUUGUUAUAGACGAUGACGAGAAACAGGAAGACAAAUCACCAAACAAUGAACAAAAAGAAAAAAAAAUCACCGAAGAAGAAACAAAAAUGUUACAGAAAGCGAUCGAACUUCUCACACCUCCUCAGACAUACCUGCAGGAGAUGAUGUUGUGGUUACAUGAGAAAGCACCCCUUAGUACAGAACAAUUAAAAGAAUUAUCCAUGACCAUGGAAGAUUUCGCUAAAGCCUUAAAGAGUGUCCAACCGUCGGCCAAACGAGAAGGGUUUGCUACCGUUCCUGAUGUUACAUGGGACGAUGUAGGAUCGUUAAGGAGCAUUAGAGAAGAACUACAAAUGGCCAUAUUGGCUCCUGUCAGACAUGAAGUGCAGUUCAAAGCACUAGGAAUUACAGUCCCUACGGGCGUUCUUCUUUGUGGUCCACCAGGUUGUGGAAAGACACUCUUGGCCAAAGCAAUCGCGAAUGAAGCUGGAAUCAACUUCAUUUCCGUUAAAGGACCUGAACUAUUAAACAUGUAUGUUGGUGAAAGUGAGAAAGCCGUACGGCUGUGUUUUGAGAGGGCGAGGAACUCAGCACCCUGCGUUAUAUUCUUUGACGAACUUGACGCCUUAUGUCCUAAAAGAUCUGACACUGGAGAUGGCGGGCCAACUAUGAGGGUUGUGAAUCAACUUUUGACUGAAAUGGACGGCAUAGAAGAUAGGAAAGGGGUGUUUUUGUUGGCGGCCAGUAAUCGACCUGAUAUAAUCGACCCGGCAGUUUUAAGACCUGGACGUCUCGAUAAAAUUCUCUACAUUGGUAUCCCAACGGCUGAAGAUAGAGUGGAUAUUUUAAGAACAAUUACAAAGAAUGGUACGAAACCUCAAAUGUCCCCAGACGUAGAUUUGGAAAUAAUUGGAAAAUCUGAACCUUGUGAAGGUUACACCGGGGCAGAUUUGGCAGCCUUGGUUCGAGAAGCUAGCGUGGAAGCUCUCAAAGAAUUUAUGGUUCAUAAUGAUCCGCAAAGACCACUCGUGGUCAGCACAGAUCAUUUUACUAGAGCUGUAGCCAAAAUUAGACCGUCAAUUUCUGAAAAGGAUCAAAAACAUUAUGAAAGACUCAAAAAAGUUUAUUCUGUAAGGAUACCAGGCGAACAGGAAGUCGAGGAAAUGGAAUAUUCGUAGUAUAGUUGUUUAGUUUUAAGUUUCAAUAUUUAUGUUAUUGUAUGUAAAAAAAUUAAUUUCAAUUGUGUUACAGUACUUGUCACACAUUCUUAUUAUUAGUAAGUAGCAUAAGUUGUAUGACUAUUUUGUAAUAGUAAGGGUAGUGAGUUAUUUGUUAAAAUAAAUGACAGUUUAAUUUCAAAA